AUAGGAAAGAAAUUAAGGGGAUUAGUUUUGGUCAUCUGCACUCCCUGACCCACCUGGUAGGCUGGUCUCGAUCCAAAAUGCGUCAUCCAAGCCGGUGUGCCACUCUUAUAGUCACUAUUACUUCUACACUGCUUUAUGGCAUCGCAGCUUUUUGUGGGUAUUUUGCAUUAGAUGAGGUGAAGGAUCAUGGGAAUGUUAACAAAUUUCUUGGAUAUGGAAUUUACUUUCUUGUGCCAUCUUUUGUGAUUAUCGCAUCCUUUGAAGGCUGGGUUUGGUUUCAAAACAGAGAAAACACAGAUGAUGGAGGUGAAAAAUGGUUGCGCCAGAUUACAGCAUAUCUAUCGCUGUUAACAAUGUGCGCAUUUUUUUCAGCAUUCUUUUGUUUUGUGUACGUAUUAAUUUUCGGGUCCAAAGAUAUGUCGGAUAAUAAAAAGACUACCUUGCUGAUCAUGGGAAGUUGCAGUUGCAUAGUUCAAGCAAUUUUAUCCGCACUUCACUACUUUCUUAGAGUAGUAUGAUGCACGGAAUAUUCAAUUUAUCAGUUUGUAACAUUGUUGUUUGAAUAAUGAAAUAUAGAUGACGGGUUUCUGUAAAAAGAGUUAAAC